AUGGUUGACCCAAUUCCUUCAUCUUCACCUGCGUUUGGGACACCGGCACGUCCAUUUCGAAUGAACAAAGCAAAUGUGCCGCCUACCAAAACGUCAAUCUUGCCAAUCCUACUCCCGCCUUCGACUCUGCGCCCAGUGGCUUUUCGAACAUUUACUCGCAAACACAAUUUAACAAUUUCGUCUUCCGCACUUCAAACCUUGGCAGUGUUUGUGGGAAAGAACUGCGGCUCAGGAUGGCGCGAAGAGGGACUGGCGGAGCGCGUUCUGGACGAGGUUGCGAAGAUAUGGAAAAGAGCCGGAGGAGGCGUGAUUGUCGAAGAGGGCAAAGGAGCCUCACUAAAAUCUAUACUCCAGACCCUAGAGGGCAGUAUGAGUGGUGGCAGAGUCGUUGCUGGGAAAUCUACGCAUGACAGUUCAAAGGCAUCCACGCUUGGUAUGGAUGAUGGGCGGAUGGAGACCACUGGAGAUAACUCCCAGGGAGCAAAUGACGAAGAUGAUUCGCAAUUGUCACCCCAUCCAAGACAUUGGCUCAAAGUGAUUGACGCCUUCGAUCUUCCGCGCUUGACGUAUAAUGUGGACAAGAAAUAUUUCGAAACUAUCAAGUCGAAACCGUCUUUGUUUCCAUCACCUUCUCACAAAACUGCGCUUUUCCGAGACAGAUACAACCUUGUAUAUCAGCGACUGCUCCGAAAUGAAUCAUUUCAAAGCUCCUUGGGUGUUGCCAGCGUCCCUUCACUAAGACGCGCACCAUCUAAUAUCGCCCGACGGCAAUCCUACAAACUAACGCCAAUUGCGAACUUGCUGGGCAGAAGUGGAACCUCGCAUCUGAUUCUAGGGCUGCUUUCCAUUUCUCCAACAGGAGAUCUAUCACUAGUCGACCUGACUGGAAGCUUGGCACUGGAUCUGAGCCAUGCACGGAUGAUACCUGAAGAUGGGGCUUGGUUUGCGCCUGGCAUGAUUGUACUUGUAGAUGGCAUCUACGAAGAGGAGGAGAUGGUCAAAGGCGCGGCGUUGGGCGGAAACACGGGGAUUGGAGGUGCGAUUGGUGGCCAGUUUGUUGGCAUGUCAAUCUGCGGGCCCCCGUGCGAGCGACGGGAUAUCUCGCUAGGAACGAGUAACCGCCACGAUAGUGGACAGUUGGGUUCCAGUGGCGGCUUCGGAUGGGUCGAUUUCCUCGGCCUAGGGAGUGAACGCGCACAAGGUGCACGUAUGAGGAGAAUCCAAGAAAAAUGCCUACGGAGCGAACUGGAAGCCACGGAAACUACUACUCGCCUGAAAGUCGCAGUCAUGAGCGAGGUUAAUCUCGACAAUAUGAAGACUCUGGAUGCUUUGAAGAAGGUCUUUAGUACCUACAAUGACUUGUCUCUCUCUGAACGCCCACAGGCUUUCGUCUUGAUUGGCAACUUUGUGCAAAGAGCUAUCAUUAGUGGAGGGGGCCGAGCCGGAAGCAUCGAAUACAAGGAGUAUUUCGACUCACUGGCGCUGGUUUUAUCCGACUUCCCAGCAUUGCUACAGCACUCAACCUUUGUCUUUGUACCAGGUGAUAACGACCCCUGGGCAUCGGCAUUCUCUGCUGGUGCGGCCUCAACAGUACCGCGCCAACCUAUUCCAGACCUGUUUACCUCCCGAGUCCGACGUGCAUUCGCAACAGCGAACUCAGAGCUGGACAGAGCACAAAAUGUUGAGCCUAUGGGUGAUGCAAUCUGGACCUCCAACCCGGCCCGCCUCACAUGGUUCGGGCCAGUGCAUGAUAUCGCCAUCUUUCGUGAUGACAUCUCAGGAAGACUCAGACGCAGCGCCGUGAACACAUCACUCGACAAUGAAGAAUCUGAUGUUGCCAUGGAUGAGCCCUCAAGCAGUGUUACCGGCGAUGCAGGCUUCAUUCCGCCAGAGAAUCCCAACGACAUGGACCAGCAAGACAGUGCCAAAACCACGACCGCUUCGCCUGGGACGUCGGUGGCCCGCAGGCUCGUCAAGACAAUCUUGGACCAGGGGACAGUUUCUCCGUUCCCACUACCACUGCGCCCCGUCUUAUGGGACCAUGCCUCCGCCCUGCAGCUAUAUCCAUUGCCAACAGCAUUGGUAUUGGCCGAUCCCGAGGCUGCACCAUUUUGCAUGACCUACGAGGGCUGCCAUGUCAUGAAUCCGGGACGAUUGGUACCUGAAGGCGGUGUUUCGAUGGCCCGGUGGGUCGAGUAUGAUGUGCUGCGGAAUCGAGGGAAGGUUAGAGAAGAGCGUUAUUAA